AGAAGAAGAACUGAGGUAUUUAAAUUUUAUUCAGGACAUAACAGAUGAGAUUCUGAAGCUUGGAUUAUUUUCCAACAGGGCUUUGGAAAGAUUGUUUGAACGUCACAUAGAACUAAACAAGAACCAUCUAAAUAAGACCAAAAUGCGCCACCUGCUGGAGAUUCUAAAAGUAGACUUGGGUUGCAACAGAGAGGAAAAUUCUGCAGGAGUGUCCGAUGCAUAUAGGCAUUUACAGAAUGAAUCAGCAGAGCACCUUCAACUUACCAGUAUAUCCCAGAGCAAAGAGUCAGAAAGUGAAGAGCUGUUAAAUGUAGUGGAUUUAAAAACAAGUGAUCUCACUGUACACAAUGAUAAAUUCCAGGGAGUGGAAAACCAGGAUGUAAUUUCUCAGGACAUCGAAGAAUUACUGAACAUUGAGCUGAAUCCCCCAGCCAUGAAAACUGAUGAAACUCCAGAUAACACAUGUCCAUUGCCACCAACGUGUAAUUCAACCACAUGUGAUGCUGACUUUGAAACAAGUGAAUGUUUGAGAGAAGUAGAUGAACUGAAAGAAAAUAUGACAGAACCCAUCUCUUUGGUCAGGGCCCAGGAGUAAACAACUCGCAGCAAAGCACCAAACGGGGCAGUUCAUCUAGUCAGCAGUGCAGAGAUCUGAACUUUGAAAAUUAAAUAAAAUGCUAGCAAAUCAGAUGUAAUAUUUUUUAUUUGGAUGCCACUGCAAAUGGGCUUGAAAUAUUAGAAGUCAGACUUUUUUGAAUUGGGCACUGGAACAUUGUAAGAAACAAUAGACAAAAUUGUCAUGUGUGAUGUUAUUAACUGCAGAAAAGACUAGGGAUAUUUUGGGGCAUAAUGUUUAUUCUCAAGGCAGCAUAUUUAUCAAAAUACACUUACAAUAAAUGAAUAUAAAAUUUGCAGGAGUAAAAACUGAUUGUAAAUAAUUAACCCUUCUGAAUUCUUUUCCAAAAAGUUAUACACUCUGAUUGAAUCAUUACUUAUAUCUGUGCAGAGAUCUGGUGCAGCUUGCUGUUUAGUGAACCAGGAUUGUUUUGUCUGAUUUUAAUGGAGAAGCAUCCUCUGCAAUGCAGUAUUCAAAUGAAGGAUUCAUCCAUUCAUCUUUUAAAACAUGGAUCAGUUGACAGGACCUCUGACUUACUAACAAUAGAUGAUCACACAGGCAGUGUAACUAAUUGUCUGAUGUGUCCUUUCGCUUGCAGUUGGAAGGAUAAAAUGAAUUCACUGGUGUUUGCGUGAUAAUAUUAGUUCUAUAUCAGGGAUGGUUAAAUAUACUGAUCACUCAAGCUUUUUAGACAAUAGUCCAAAUGCAAGCAGUGUGUUUCAUUGCAUAAUUGGUAACCCCUCUCCAAGUAGCCUGCAUAAUAAAGUUCCCAUUACACAAAAUGGGGUGUGAAGACCUUGAGAACAUCAGUUGUUAGAUUUUAAUUUCCACUCACUCUAAGUAUCAGGAAGAGAAAUUGCACAACCAGACAAAAGCAGAAUCAUACAAGUGAACCUAUGUACACUCAUGCAACGCUAUGAUAUAUGAAUAAAAGGAAAAGGGCUUCUAUCACAAUAGUGUGAUGCUUUCAAUAGGCUAAUCAAUUUGACACUUCCCUAUGGAUGUUGCUGUAUGACAUAAUGGAUGGUAAGGGAUCUAUUUGAAGGUGAGCUGCAAAGAGUUACAUUUUGUUGCUACUUCUCUUAAUCUUGUGGGAAAGAACUGUCAUAGCAACUAUUUUUACUAGAAAGCAUCCAGAAAUGACACACAGUACUGCCCUUUGUUGAAUGAAUUAUGAAAAUACCUACUGAUACCACAAUAAAAGUUGUUUACCCUCUUUUCAGUCAAAAGCUUUAUAGAUUUUUUUAAUGUAGUCCACAGACUGACAAGCAAAAAUCAUGAUUGAAAAGCAAAUGGAAAUGAUAAAAAAAUGGUAAUAAGAUUUUCUAAAGUUGGUAGAUUUCUUACCCAAACUAGCUUAAAUGGAAACUUUAGGGGGGAAAAUACACUGAAACUUGUCUCUUGGGAAAGGAGCUUAAAUGGCCUGUGUCUUUUCUCUUACAGCUUCUGCAGCUGGUUUGAGUGAAAAGAGGUUAAGUCAAGGGUAAGAAAACAAUGUGGCCAUAUUGAACCCACAUGGCAUUUAUGUCAGAUUCAUAUAUGAAUGUGCUGAGUUGACAAAAUUUAAUUCUCUAAAUUUUAUAUUUAGAAAUCUGCUUUCUGUU